AGCCAAUCAGAUGACAGGAUGCUGGGAGGUGCCCGGAGAGACGGCUGCUGAGGAGGAGGGGACGUCGGUCCUCAGUGUCAAUCGUACAAGAAGGAAACGCUUUCUGCAGUUAUGGCGGAGGACGUCCAGGCUCCUGUCGUCUACCAGCACCAGUACAUGUGCUCAGAAUGUGGUCUACUAUUCAACGCCCUGGAAGAUGUAUUGCUUCAUCAGCAGAACCAUGUUGGAGGUGGGAUCCAAGCGACAGUCUCCCAAGAUGUUUCCCUGCAAUUGGGCGAGCUGCAAGGCUUAGUCCAUGAAAGCCAGUACCAGUGUUUAGAGUACGGACAAGUCCUGCUGACCCCGGACGAGCUGCUUCAUCACCAGGAGAUGCACAUGCGGGAGUUUCCCCAGGCUCCUGCUUCUCCAUCAUCAGCCAACGGCCAGAUACAUUACCAGUGCUCUGAAUGUAAAGAACUCUUCACUUCUCCUGAACUGUGGCUUUCUCACCGCCAGAAACACGAGAAGCAAGACCACCAACCUCAACAAAGUGUCGUCCUUCAGACCGGAUCCGGUCUCCAAGCUGUGCUCAGCGUGCAAAAUGUUCUCGUAGAUGAAAGGGCUUUGAAUGGUUGGGGAGUGGAAAUGGCUUCUUCGGAAGAUGCUGCAGAAUCUGUGCCAAGGACGUGCCCAUCUGCGUCAUCUGAAAAGCUGCCUGUACAGGGAGAGGUGAUCCAACUUCCAGAGGUGCAUUCGUACGAGUGCUCAGAGUGCAGCCAGGUGUUUAACACACCCGAGGAAUUUCUUGAGCACCAAGGUCGGCACUUCAGGGAAUCUGAAAAAGAAAGUUCAGCAUCUCCGCGGUAUGGAAGCACCGAUAACGCUGCUCUAUUCCCCGGUAUUCUAGAGAAGCUGCGCAAGGAUUGGAUGAUAGAAGAAAGAGAGGAGCUGAUUAGAGAGAGGUUUGGGGUAGUACAAAGGGUGUACCAGUGUCAGGAGUGCAAGAAGGAGUGUGGCACUAGUGAGGAACUGCGGCGGCAUCGCAAAGAGCACCAGAAUGAAGAAUACCCAUGCCCGGACUGUGACCGUCUCUUCACCUCUGCCAGCAGACUGCAGUCUCACCGUCGCGUGCAUGUGGAAGGCACCUUACAGUGUCCAAACUGCUACAAGGUAUUUAAAAAAGAGGCCUCGCUGGAGCAGCACAUGCGAGUGCACCGGGGGGAGGCGUUAUUCCUGUGCGUGGAUUGUGGCGUGGGCUUUGGCACAGAAAUCACAUUGGUCUUGCAUCGGAAAAGCCACACGGCGGAUCCUUUACAUCGCUGCCACUGUGGAAAAACGUUUAGUAAUAUGACAAAGUUCUUGUACCACAGAAGGACCCAUGCUGGUAAAAGUGGCACCCGUGUUCCUAGACCAGACAGGCCCAACAUCUUGGGCAGGGAGAAACCUGUAGGUCUGGGACAUUUUGCACAAAUUCCGGCAGUGCCGACUGCAGUGAUGUUACCAGUUCCAGAGGUGUCUCUUGUGGAUGUACAGAAUAGCAGAGACGAUGCAGAGAACGUACAAUCCAAAGAAAAUGGAUUAGCUACCCACAUUUCAUCGGAAGAACCAAAGACCACGCCAGAGUGUGAGCCUGAGAGCUUCAGGUGCCCUCAGUGCAGCAAGGAGUUCUCCACCCGUCUGAAAAUGGUGCAACACAGACGAGCCGUCCAUGUUACAGAGAGGAAGCACAAAUGUACCGUGUGCGGGAAACACUUUAAGAAACAGGUGCACUUGCGGAACCAUAUGCGCACGCACACUGGCGAACGCCCCUUCCAGUGUUCAGCUUGUGGCAAGGCCUUUGGAACCCACACCAAUCUGACACGGCACCACCUCACCCACACUGGAGAAAAGCCAUAUAAGUGCGAGGUGUGCAGCCGCAGGUUCACACAGAAUUCCAAUCUGCAGCAGCAUCGAGUCUUGCACACUGGUUCUCGGCCGUUCUCCUGUAAUGUCUGCGGCCUAAAGUUUAACAGAGCUUCCAAUCUGACGUUGCAUCAGAUCAAGCACACGGGUGUCCUCCCUUACAAGUGUCCAGACUGUGAUCAGACGUUCCUGCGGAAAAAGUUAAUGCAGUUACAUCAGCUCGAGCACCAGGGUAAAGCCCUCAUCCACUGCAAGGACUGUGGAGCAGUGUUCACGGACGAGUCGCUGCUCUCCCGACACCAGUGUCGCAGCAAAAGCUCGAGUCAGCAUAUAUGUCCUACCUGUAAUAAAAUACUGAAUUCAGAAAGUAGCCUAUAUCUUCAUCUCCUCCUGCACACUGGCCAGCGCCCCUUUAAGUGCCUUGUAUGCGGCAAAUAUUUCCCCAGCCAAAGCAGUGCGGCGAGGCACCAGAAGUAUCACUCUGGGGUCCGGCCUCAUAGGUGCACCUAUUGUGGAAAAGCUUUUUCUGCUUCCUUCAGUUUACGGCUCCAUCUUAGAAUACACACAGGGGAGCGUCCUUUCCCCUGCUUGGACUGUGGCAAAAAGUUUCGACAAGCUGCCCACUUGAGAGAGCACCGCCGAAUUCACACAAGGGAAAGGCCCCAUCGCUGCCAGGACUGUGGCAUGUCAUUUGUCCAGUCCCUGCAUCUUGCAGAGCACAGACACAUCCACGCGGGAGAGAGACCGCACUUGUGUACGGACUGUGGCAAGAGGUUCAAGUCUCUAUCUAAUCUGCGGAGCCAUCUAAAAACUCAUCGGAGCCUGGCUCAGCCGCAGCAAACCAUCAUGUGCACAGAGCUGGGACAGACCAUAGCCAUCAUUGAGAGCGUGGAGCCGCUCCCCUUAGCGGAAACCAUCGAAAUCUAUCAGGCCGCCCUGGAGGGUAACUUACAGGUGGAAGAUGUGACCAUCUAGAGCUCCUCUCCACUCUCUGUAUAUAGCAGCAUUUUUUCUGUUAUGUUAAUGUUAUGGACGGUAUUAAUGCUUAAUAUAAAAGGACUAGAUUUAUAAAUGGUUGUCACGUCUUCCCUAACUUAACACCAGUGGAAGAGCUUGCGCUCAACAGCCUGCCCCAUAUUCAGAUUGAUGGCACUGUGCUGUACACAGGCACACUGCAGGUAAGGGGCAUACUUUAUACUGCAGCUCUGCCACACUCCUGUGAUUGGGGCUAAGCUGCAAUAUCAGACACAACCUGUGUACGAGAGUGGCGCUGCUGUGCUCGUCUCCUCCGAUACCGCCCUGUAAUGAACCUAGUGUACAUGUUCUUGGGUAUACAGUCCAAUUUAGCAGCAUAGGAUGUGACAUUUCCCAAAAGUGCAUGUCCGAAGGGGGAUAUGGAUUACUCGGAAUAUACAGUGUGAAUGUGGGCAUCUCCAUGGCCACGGAGGAUGGUGUGUAUCCCUGGGACAUGCAUGCCCGGUCUGGUAAGCUUCUGUGUGUCCAAUGUAGGAGGGUUAAAUCUCAGAUCUGACAGACUGGACGGCUCAGAGGGGGUGUACAG